AUGGAGUCCGACGAUGAGUUGGAGUUCAUGAAGCAGAUCAAUCAGCCAGAGGUGAAACAAGAGGAACCGGAUCAGGAGGGCGAGUUUAAGCAAGCAAAUUCCAAAGAGGCGUCACCAGAUGAAGCGGGCUCUUCGGAAGGUCCAUCUGGAAUAGCAGACCUUCUGGAGACACUUGAUGCGGUCACAGAAAAAGAGGACGAUGAAGUGGAGAAGUGGAAUCACAUGUUGGUGGAAAAAGAACCGAAGAGGCGAAGAAAUGGAGGAGGUGGUAGCAGGGAGAGCAAAGAGGAUGAUAGAAAACAAUUCGAGGAGCCAAAAGCGCCACUAACCACCUUCGGUCACUCGGCUCGUCCACGUCGAUCCGUCAACUAUGCGAGUAUCGAACGAGGCGAUGAAGCACAAGCUCAAUCGCUUGUCACAGAAUUCCGUAGUUCCACAAAUAAACGACAAAAAAGGACAAGAGAUGAGCUGGAUGAGAACUAUGUGGAAGAAUCAGAAAACGGGCGGCCGGCGGGAAGAAAAAGGAAAACGGGCGGUGGAGGUCAGAAGAAUAAUACUCAAUACCAACCACCUGGAUCCCAAGCGAAUUCAACAUUGGCCACAGGGAGAGCUCUUUUUGAAAAUAAAACUGCAAUUGAUGAAUAUAUGCAAUUCGUGCCCAGACCGACAGAUGAACAACCUGCUAGAGAAGCGAGAAAAUUUGGAACAAUGCUCGAACAACUGCCGGCAAUCAAGCGAAGUUCCGGCGGUUUUCGAAAGUUUAUAAGCAAAAUCGGCGAUAAAAGUGUGCUGGAUUUGGCUGGAAUUGUGCAAAGACGAUGUGUUGUCGAAGCGGAUGAUCACAUGUUAUUGAGAAGUCUUCGACACAUCUAUAAUUCGAUGCCCAUGUCUUAUCGACGAAAUUUCGAGUAUCAGGCGAGAAUGGAUUUUCAUGCGUCAAGAAUGUUUGUGCCGCAUUUGAGUAUGCCGUUGUCGGAGAUUUUGGUCACCGAUCCGAAUAGGCCGCCACCACGAAUGCUGCGCGAGAACGAAGUCCGUGUCAACUGUUGCUCCCUCCGACCAAUCGUCUCUGACAUGUGUCAAGUCAUUGAGCAUUAUCUCCAAUUCCACGACAUCGUACACUUCUUCGGAUGUGAUUUCUGUCUGAAAGUGUUCUCAUCUCGCUACGAUCUGACGAAACACGAAUGCAAAGAGUUCGGAGAUCAUAUGUACGACCUUAUCUGCAAACAACAGACCCUCUCGCUAUCCGCCGCCUACAUGUAUCUCACUUGCUCCCAGUGUGGUCUCUGGCUCUCCGUGAAAGCUUCUGUAGCCGGUCAGAAAGGAUGGACCUACUUCGCCACAGCUGUUAAGAAUCACUCGUGCAAAGCGUUGAUUCCGAUCCUUGUCUACUUCCGGAAAGGAGUUCCAGAAGAGGGAAAGAAUGUGCGAAUGCAAUUCCAGAUUAUAACCUCAUUCGAUAUUGGGAUUCCUUUGAGUUGUGCAGAGUGUGGAAUCGAAGAGUUCAAGUCGUUGAAAGAGAUUGAGGAUCACUUUAGAGAAAAACAUGGUCCCAAGACGUGUACAAAGUGUCAGAAGCAGUUUGGAACGGAAUAUACUUUGAGACUUCACAGCCUAACUCAUUACUCACAAUCGCUCCAACUCGCCAAUCAUCUCGUCAACACUGCCACAUAUCAUCCGCCACCCGCUUCUGGUCGUCCCCCUCAUGUCGGAUUCAAAUCGAACAUCGCCGCCGUCGGUGGAUUCACUGCCAACGAGAUUCAAGCGAUGGAGACGAUGGAGAAGUCGAUGAACAGUGAAUUCGUGGGACCCGAUGAGAAUACGAUCCGAAAAAAAGUGUUCAGAUGGAAGAGGAAGAAAAGUGAUAAGAAGGAGAAUCGAGAGAAUACUGGAGAAUUCACUUUGGAGCCUGGAGAGUCUUCUGGAGAGGAGGAAUUCCAGAAACGGUUGAAAGAGCAGGAACAGGAAGCGUCCUCAUCUGAUUCUGAAGAAUCUCCUGAAGUCGGUUCUGGAAAUAAAAAUGGAAAGAAGCUGGUGAAACGAGCACGUGGAGACUUGGGAUAUGAGCAUAUCGAUCGAAAUGCGAUGUUUGAACGAUCGGAGGCUGAGAAGGAAGCGAGAAAGCGGAUCGAAAAAAUGCUUGGCGCCAACGUGUUCAUGACUCGGGAACGUCUUCUGGAGCCAGAGGAGGCUUUGGAGAUUCUGAAACAUGCUGAAACAGUGAAGCUCCCCGCACUUGUCUGUCCGAUUGCUGAUGAGAUUGCAGCGGCGGCGAUGAAGACUAUCACGAUGCCACUCACGAAUUGUAUAGACCCCUUAAAGGAUAUUCUGUUGGUUAACAAGAUCUACGUGUACUGCGGAAAAUGCAAUCAUGUCGUGAAUUCGGACAUUGCAACGCAUAGUGCAAAGUGUGAUGUGCCGGAGGAUUCCCUCAUCGAAAUCUACCAUGGAGCAUCAGGACCACAUGCCGGUGUCCAUUGUAUUGUACCAGGAUGCGAUGCCCAUCUGUGCUCUGUCAUUGCUCUUCGCUCACACGCAAGCACCGUUCACAAUCUGAAAAUGUCGAUACCGUCUGCAAAUGAUGAAGUGCCCGAUGCGUUCCAACAAACUCGCUACGAUCGAUCAAUGAUGCAACUGGCGAAACAUUUCCACGGCCUACAGAAAGAUCAGAGAACUCAUUUGGCACGAAUGACCGAUAUCGAUUGUCUCCUUCCGUUCACUGGAUUACUCGAUUCGAAAAUUCAGCCACGUCAUCAACAGCCUCCCGUUUUGCAACGCCAAGAACCGGCUUCGAAUCCGGCAACACAGAGACAAGCGCCAGCUAUACAGCUUGCUCCAGGACGGCCACAACUUGCCGGAAGUACUUUCGAUCCGAGAUUGCAUGUACCGAUGAAAAUUCCCGAGUUUAGAACACCAUAUUUUCCGAAUGCUCCGAAUCCAAAGCUCGCUACGAGAUGCAAACCGUUUUAUCUUCCGAGAAGUACCCGCUGGUAUAAAUGCUCUUGGUGUGAAAAGGACUAUGAAAAUCUCGAUGUAUUCGUCGAUCAUAUCGUCAAAUACCACGUUCACGUAUGCUCGAAUUGUGGAAAAGGCUACGCGACUUCCAACACGAAGCGAGUUCACGUCUGCACGAACGCAAUCGCCGAAAACCGUCCGCCAGGCAUGACGUCGUCUGGAACUUGUCCGACGUGUCGAGAGAUUUUCCCAAUCGAUAUUGUCUACACUCAUAUGCUACGUCGACACUUUUCGACGAUUGAGUUCAUUCAAGCGACUGGAGAAAUGCUGCCACAGAUUCGAGACAUGACAGUGAGACCGAUUCCAGUGCCAUCAGUUCAACGAAACUUCCCCCAAUCGAUUCGAGAUGUUUCAUCUGGCUCAGCUCCAGGAACAUCCGCUAAUGGAAGUGCGGAUCCACGACUGAGUCAGAUCGCUGUCGGUCUCGCACCGGUGUAUGGAGUGGAUAUCCAACGACUACCACCUCGAGACAUUCCAUUCAAUUCGAUUGCGAUUUGCCCAGCGGAUUACAGAAAUGUCGAUAUGAGAUUGAUGUGUUAUAUCUGUGAAUUGACUUACGAUAAUAUCAAUGAGCUCACCACUCACUUGGAUGAGCAUCCCGAACGAUGGGCGCAUUGUCCCUUGUGUGAGGAUCCGGUGCCGGUGGAUGGACACUACGAAUUGCAGAAGCAUUUCAUGACGAAACAUGUUGUCAAGAUUUCUGGAGCCCUGUGCUGCGCCCACUGUCAAGAAAGCCAUCGCUUCAUGUCGUCCCACCUGAUAUAUCGAUGCAAAAAGAUCUCCAAGUGCUCAAUAUGCGGUCAAAAAUCACCGGACGCGACAGCAAAUCGUGUCCACAUGCAACGAUCUCACAUACAGGCGCUCAGAAGAUUCCAAUGCACAUACUGUCCCAAAGUGUUCACAAGUGUCGGAGAGUACUAUGAGCACAAGUGUCUGAAUCCACACAGACAUAUCUACGCGUGCGAAUGUCAACCGAUUAAGUUCUUCAACACGCCCAGCGAGUACUGCGAUCAUUUCGAUUCGGUUCAUAUUCUGCGGAAUCACUGUAAACUUUGUGGAAUCCAGGCGCCAACUCAGGAGGCGAUGGUCAGACAUCGACCGAGUCAUAUGAAAACUGCACCUGCUCGGGAAAUGCAGAGGAAGCUACACCUUCUCAUGAAGAGCCUUUAUCCGAAAGACGAUAGUGGAUACAUGCGAUGGGUUAGAGGAGGAGAUCCACCGACUUCUUUUAUAAAUGUCGAUCGAACGGGCAAGACCUACAUGAUGGGAAGGUUGGGACCGGUUAACAUGGAAAACAUCCCGCCUUAUCGGCCACAUUCACCACCGAGAACGUUGUUCGAUGCAUUGGAGGGACCGGCGGCGAGAAAUCGAAACGCUGCAGGUACAUCAGUAGGAGGAGGAGCUCCGAGAGUGUUCCCUGUUAAGCCUAAAAAUCCAACGUCGAAUAACGAUGUUGUCAUGUUGAGUGAUGAUGAGGAUUGUGUGGCGUUUGAUCCGGUUACUGUAGACAAAAAUACCAACAACGUGGCAACCUCAUCUUCCACUAGCGAAAUAGACCGAACAGUCCGAGUCGAACAAUCGUCCGAUGGAUACGGAGCAGUCAAAGCGCCAGGAUACAUUGACGAAGACGACGCGGAGUUGGAAGUGAGAAAAUCGCCGAGCGGAGGAGAGCCAGUGGUGAAGGAGGUUAUCGACGAGAAUGGGGAUGACGAGUUGGCGGUGGUGGCCGAGGUGGAGAACUCCGCCGGAACCCUUCCCUCCAAUGUGUCUGCUGGACGUGAGAAGAAGUUCAAAUGCACGAAAUGCUCAUCGUCAUUCUAUACGAAUUCCUCACUCAAACAUCACGCUGAAAAAGAUCACAAACAGGAUGCCGGUGGGACGGUGUGCAGUCUUGAGUCUUACGGGAUUCCGAAGACUACGAGAGCCGCAUACUUGUGUAGAAAUUGUUCGAUUGUGUUUGAGGAUCAGGUGAAGCAUAUGAGACAUAUGCAACAACACGGUGAAACGACGCUUGCGUGUGCCGAUUGCUGUGGAAUCGCCUUCAACCACACCGCACUCAACAAUCACCUCCAAGCGCAUCGCGACAAGAAAGUGUUCUUCGCUUGUGGAAGAUGUCUCGUCCGAUUCCCGAAUGAUCUCGCUCUUAUGGAGCAUUUGAAGUUGACUCACGAGACGGAACUCUUCUAUUUCUGCAAAAUUUGCGCGCUCGGAUCGACGAAUCCCGAUUACGUCUACCAACACAUAUCGACUCACACUGGACAUCACUUCACGCACGCACAGAGAAUGGGAGCUGUCCCGGUUCAACUAUUGAAUUAUGAACCGGCGAACGAGAAGGAAUUCGCGAUGAAGGUGCUUCAGAAGGCCAUUCAACUCCACACACCAUCGGAUUGUACGCAUCGAUCGAUGUUGGUACAAUGUGACACUCUGGUUACUUGUAAGACUUGCCACUGUUUCCAACAAUGGUUCAGCUAUAUGGCUUACAAUAAGCAUAGCGAAGAGACCGGUUUUCCAACUUUUGUCAACAUGGAGCCGUACGCCGAUCAACGGAAAGAUUUCCCAUUGAUUCGAUAUCUUAGUGAUAAGAAUCGUGCAAGUAUGCUACGCUUCGGCAAUGUGAAGGCUAUUCCGGGUAUACCGCCACAUCAACCACAACAACCACAGAGAUUCAAUAACGUCCUACGACCACUAGCACCACAACUCGAGAAUCCGAAUGUCACUCAACGCAAUCCGAAUAUUCAAGCGAACGCGCCGAUUGGAAUCAACGGAGGAGCUCCCGUGGUAUCCAUGACAUCGAACGGGGCGAGAGUCAUACAUCCAGCACAAUCGAAUAUGGCAGCGCAGCGACCAUCACCAGCCACUCAACCGACUCGUCGAUUUGUUGUGAAUAAUCGUGGAAAUCCGGCGACACCUCCGGUAGCUCAAACUGCGCCAGUGAUCAGAAAUCAUAUUGCGACGUCGACAAAGUGUAAAUAUUCGGGAUGCGACAAAAUGCUCUACUCGGAAUUCGAUCGUCAACUUCACACCAUGCACGAAUCGGAAACUAUGUGGUUCUGCCGUCAAUGCGGAAAUUCGCAAAAAUCGGAAAUCGACCUGUUCCUCCACUACGUUCGCGAGCAUUUGACACCGGCCCACGCCAAGCAACAAGUCACCGGAUUCAAAUCAAACGUGUUCAAACUUCGCUGUCCAUUGUGUACGAAACUCGAGUUCCAGUCGCCGAAAGCGUUCGAGAAGCACAUUCGGACCGAGCACGCGGCGGAAUUUCCGUUUGAAGCGUCGUGCUGUGAUGCGCGUUUCGCGGUAAAACAACUCUGUGAUCUACACGAUAAGAAGCAUACGGAAUUCCUCGAAUCGAAUGGAACCGACGCGAUGUGUUGCCCGAUUUGUGGAUCACUUGAUAUGUGGUCACUGCCGAAAGAUCAAACAACCGAAUGCCUCCAGUCGCAUAUGAUUCGUCACGGACUUGACUAUCGCUCGUCGUGCAGAUGUUGUUUAAAACAGUUCCCUGCUGAUAUUUAUCAAACCUUAGGAAUUGAUCACAUUCGUGAAGAACACUGUUUCGUAAACAAUGAGUCGAAGCAAGUGGUUUGCAAGUUGUGUGGACAAACCGGAAUGACGGAUGAGCAGUUUGCGGAUCAUUGUCGCAAGAGUCACUUGUUCAACAUCCUUGUGAAAUCCUCCCAUUCAACACGCGGUGAGCUCGUUGUCUCCACAGGAGAUGAAUACGAUAACUACACUGGACUGAAAAUAUCGAAAGCCGCUGGGAGACUUCGUCCAUCAACAUCUGGAGCUGGUGGCUCUGUGAACGUUGCUGCAGCUCUCGGAGAGUCCUCCCGACCCACGAAUGGAGAAGCUGAAGUAUACACAAUUGACUGA